CACGCAUUGUGACGCUCAACUAACUAAUUCGAGUAUUGUAUUUUGCCCCCCUUAUUCUUAAGAUAUUCCAUUUUUGACGCCACAUCACAGAACUCAGACCUGCCUUGGCAUACCCGCACAUCAAGUUCGAGAUCGCACCGUCUCUCUCUCUGUGGUCUGUAUAUAGUGCGUUUCGAUCUUCAAAUUCUACUGUAGGCACCUGGUUUCUCAUAGGAGUAUUAGUCUCCAGGGAAUGUUGGUGGAAUGUCUGCUGUCAUAGGGUUUUUGGGUGUCGAAAUCUGGUGAGUUCGGACAUUCUUUUGAACUCGAUCUCUGUGAAUCGGUAGGAUCAUUAGCACCUAUUUGGUUGUUGAUGUGCGUUGAUGCAAUGUAAAUGGGUCUGCUUUUUGAAGAAGUAAGUAUGUUUGGUUCUGCCUAUUUUGUUGGAUUUUGAGUUUGUUCUGAGUUUUUCGUGGGCAGUUAGAUAAAUGGAUAUGGUAGACUUUGGGAUUUUAUGAAGUGUGUAAUUGUUGGUUUUCGGGCUGUUAUAUCAUGAAGAGGUCAAAAAGUGAACCUUCUACUGUUAGGAGGUUCAGAUUGUCACAUUUGUUAUUUGGUAUAGCAGCAAUAUACUUACUAUUCUUAGGAUUUAAGUUUCAACAUUUUCUAGAGCUUGCUGCAAUGUUGAGUGGAGAUGAUAGUUAUGUUGGAUUGGAUGGGUCUAUGGUGGGGGAAAAUGAAGAAGUGGAUCUAAGCAAAAGAUUCUUUGGUUCUGCCUAUAAGGAUACCUUACAUCGGGAGGUAGAGGAUAACCAGAACCAUAACGCGCCACUUAUGCCGAAAAAAGAACAUACAGGUGAAGAAAAAAGGGGUCCUCCUAGGUCUAUAAAGCCAAUUCAGCACAAGUAUGGUCGGAUAACAGGUGAGAUCAUGAGGCAAAGAAAUAGGACUAGUGAUUUGUCGGUGCUUGAGAGAAUGGUCGAUGAGGCUUGGACAUUGGGUUCAAAGGCAUGGGAAGAAGUGGAAGAUUUUGACAUAGGGGAUAGUGGAGAGGGUACUAUGUUGGAGGGGAAGCCUGAGUCUUGUCCUUUGUGGACAUCAGCGAGUGGGAAUGAGUUGGCUGCUGGUGAGAGGCUUAUGUUCCUUCCUUGCGGGCUUGCUGCAGGGUCCUCCAUAACAGUGGUUGGAACGCCACACAAUGCGCAUCAAGAGUAUGUGCCUCAACUUGUGAGAUUGAGGAGGCGUGAUGGUUUAGUUAUGGUUUCUCAGUUUAUGGUUGAAUUGCAAGGAUUGAAGGCAGUGGAUGGGGAAGAUCCUCCAAAAAUUCUACAUUUGAAUCCUCGACUUAAAGGAGAUUGGAGCCAGCGGCCUGUCAUUGAGCACAAUACCUGCUAUCGGAUGCAAUGGGGGGCAGCUCAGAGGUGUGAUGGCUUACCAUCCAAGAAUGAUGAAGACAUGCUGGUCGAUGGAUACCGUCGGUGUGAAAAAUGGGUGCGAAACGAUAUUGUCGACCCAAAGGAGUCCAAGACGACCUCAUGGUUCAAUCGGUUUAUAGGACGUGAACAGAAGCCCGAGUUGACUUGGCCAUUUCCUUUUGUAGAGCGUAAACUGUUUAUCCUGACUCUGCGUGCGGGGGUUGAUGGAUUCCAUGUUCAUGUCGGGGGUCGUCAUUUGACAUCAUUCCCAUACCGUCUGGGAUUUACACUUCAAGAUGCCACAGGUCUGGCAAUUAAAGGGGAUGUUGAUGUUCAUUCAGUUUAUGCAACAGCUCUUCCCACUUCUCAUCCAAGUUUCUCACCUCAGAGAGUACUGGAAAUGUCGGAGAAGUGGAAAGCUCAUCCUUUACCUAAGGUUCCUGUUCGACUUUUUAUUGGGGUUCUCUCUGCUACUAAUCAUUUUGCGGAACGCAUGGCAGUUAGAAAAACUUGGAUGCAGUCCUCGGCCAUCAAAUCUUCACAUGUAGCAGUUCGAUUCUUUGUUGCAUUAAAUCAAAGGAAGGAGGUUAAUGCGGUGCUCAAGAAGGAGGCCGCUUAUUUUGGUGAUAUUGUCAUUUUGCCCUUUAUGGAUCGCUAUGAGCUCGUAGUGCUUAAAACUAUUGCCAUCUGCGAGUUUGGGGUUCAAAAUGUGACGGCUGCAUAUAUUAUGAAAUGUGAUGAUGACACAUUUGUUAGAGUGGACAGUGUCCUCAAAGAAAUUGGAGGCAUCUCUCGGAACAAGUCCCUGUAUAUGGGCAAUCUCAAUCUCUUGCAUCGCCCUCUUAGAAAUGGAAAAUGGGCAGUCACUUAUGAGGAAUGGCCGGAGGAAGUUUAUCCACCAUACGCCAAUGGGCCUGGAUAUAUUAUUUCCAGCAAUAUAGCUAAAUUUGUUGGAGAGCUACAUGCUAAAAGGGGCCUCAGGCUUUUUAAAAUGGAGGAUGUGAGUAUGGGAAUGUGGGUUGAACAAUUUAAUGGUACCAUUCCAGUCCAGUACUCCCAUAACUGGAAAUUUUGUCAGUAUGGUUGCAUGGUGGACUACUACACUGCUCAUUACCAAUCGCCAAGGCAGAUGAUAUGUCUUUGGGAUAAGUUGGGUAGGGGUCAGGCUCAGUGCUGCAACUUUAGAUGACAAGUAGUUUCAUCCUUCUCAUUUUUCCAAUUUUUGUCAAUUGAAGUGGGUUCGAGGGAUGUUCAGGAGGAGGAUACAGAUUGUUUGCUGUUGUACUCGGCUGAUAGAUAGGUAGGUAAUCUCAUGUCUGCUGGAUAUGAAAGCAAUGAAGAUGGUAGAAUUAUAUUAUAUAUGCAAACAUGAAACCCCAAUGUCAAUUUAACCAGUCAAUGCAAUCAAUGAGAAUCAUUCAAUUUUCUUGCGCA